AAGAACAGUCGGUCAUUGUUUUGCUUUGCACUGGUUUUUCGCAGUCAUUCUUCUUUGUCUUACUUCUUCGUAUUCUUGGAACGAUUCUAAAGUAGAGAAUGUUGAGAUCUAUACCUCUACAUUUGACAAAAAGAAUGAGUACCGCUGCAGUUGGAAAGCCUGGGCCAGUUGAAGAAGCAAUUGUGGCUACGCUUAAGGACAAUUUACAACCUCUCCACUUGGAAGUAGUGAAUGAGUCGUACAUGCACAAUGUGCCGAAGAACGCGGAAACCCAUUUUAAAGUACUUGUUGUUUCCGACAAAUUCAAUGAGUUGCCGCUCAUAAAGCGCCACCGCUUGGUAAACAACAUCGUGAAGGAGAAACUGGCUGACCUUUUCCCGCAUGCACUCUCAAUCGAUGCUAAGACCCCCAAACAAUGGUCUCCGGAUUAUAACCUUGAACCAAGUCCCAAUUGCCGGGGUGGUUUUGGUAAAUAAAAAAAAACAAAACGAAAUUAGUUCAACAAGUUCCUCCAGGAAUUUUAUAUUAAUUAUUUAAUAGUCAAUAUAAAAAUGUAAAUAACAAUAAAUAUUGUUUAAGCUUUCA